AUGAACAAAACUAAGAACUAUUUAAACGUAAUUUUUGUAGCCUUUCUGUUAUUAUCAUUAUUAUUACUGACUUGUAAUACAUCACAUGUUCAAAAAAAUAUUUCUCAAAGUUCAUCUACUUGCCAAUUACAACUAGAAUGUAUCGGAGCUAGUUCAUCUGGAUAUGGUCGUGUACGCAUACCUGUUCGAUCAGCUCGAGGGCCAGCUGGACCAACUGGGGAACAAGGAAAUCCUGGACCACCAGGUCCUCGCGGAGAAACAACAAAAUUACAACCUAUAUGGAUUCCUAGACCAGUAGAAUAUCAAAUAGCUUUUUAUACAGGUUUGUCAAAAAGUAUUGAGAAUAAACCAGUGAACAAAAAUUGUCAAUUAAUUUUUGAAUCAGUUAUGUUGAAUCUUGGCAACGGAUAUGACAAUACUACAGGUAUAUUCACCGUUCCUGUUUCGGGUGUUUAUAUAUUUGUUGUAGUUAUAUCAGCACAAAGUUAUGAAAAGGCAGGUGUACGAUUACUACAAAAUGGCAAAGUCGUGUUACUUUCUUGGUGUGAAAGUACGUUUUGGGCAACUGUAACUAAUCAAGCUAUUAUUCAAUUGAAUAAAAAUGAUCAAAUAUGGUUGGAAUGUAGAGAUGAAGCUUAUCGUUUACAUGGACAUAUGUAUAGCAGCCUAUCUGGUUAUCUUCUUUAUCCACAUGACAUAUAA